ACCCAACCCUCCUGUCCCUCAGUACAACUCUGACUUGAGCAGGGAGCGCACCGCACUGUUUGGAUUACACCCAUCCAUCACAGAAGGACUACAGUUUGUCUACAGAGCGGCGCAAAGCCUCACAGCUUGGACGGCAGCAUGGGGAGCAGCAUGUCAUGUGUCCCCCAGCACAACUUCAGAUACUCCGGCAAGAGUUUUAUACGCCGAAACAGCAGUCGACUGUUUCGCAAAAAGAAUCCCCAAGAGGGACAGGAGAAGUCCAACAGCAUCAUUAAUAUCCUGAGCACUGUAACCCCCUGGAAGGAAAUGUCCCCUAAAGACCUGCAGACAAUAGAGAACACGAAAUGGGACCCCCCAUUUCCUUAUGACCCGGCCAGCGGCUGGAAGAAGAGCAGCAUCAACGUGAAGAACUACGGACGGAUGAUUCACAGCUCCAGAGUCCGUUUCCGUUUCCUCCACUGCCAGGAUAUACACGACUGCUACCUGGACCUUUUCCAGACGCACCUCCAUUUUGUUUCCAACAAUGCAACUGGGCUGACAUACCAGGGGACUCUCCCGUUGAAAGAACUCAACAUCUGCAACUUGCAGCAGAACUGCAAUCACAGCCAACCCCAGGAAUUCGCCUUUCAAAUAAACGGUGUAAGUCUUAACCCCAUCAUCGUCUACUGUGCCAACCAAAAGGAGAUGGACCUCUGGUUCGGCCUGCUCAAAGAGAACAUCGAGGCCAAUGGAGGAACUGCAAUUGCGCCAGAAAUCUACACCAGAGUGAAAUUAAACCAAGAGGAGACUCUCGAGGGAAGAGAGGAGCUGAGAAACUCGAUCAACAGAGAGUACAUAUACGAGUGGGAGGGCUCUCAGAGGGACAGCCUGGGCCCCAUCACCUAUGUCACCAAAGUCCGACUGCAGCACCUGCCUUGUCAGGAACAGAGCGACAGGCUGCUGGUGAUGUACCCAUCGACUUUGAUCAUCCUGUCAGAGGAGAAUGACGGGCUCUUCUAUAAGGGAAAACUUCCCCUCAACAUGAUUACGGUGACCACUCCCUGUCAGGACGUCAAGCCCAACACCUUUAUGAUUGAAGGGAAGCUGAUCAACCCCAUAGUGGUGUCCUGUCUGGAUAGGACCACGUUCUGCGACUGGAUCCAGCAGUUCAAAGCCGCUGACGUGCCCGUUCUCAGCCCUCCGCCCCCUGUGUAUGACAUCAUCUACACCCCGACGAGUACGGAGGCUCCACAGUUUGACAGGCUGAGUGGACACAGUCAAGGAAGGAUGGAGUCUCUUAAGCUGAGCCGGUCAUCCAGCGGACGUAAUUCCCAAAACCUGCAGUUACCCUUUCACGAAGAAAACCCUCUCUCCCCAGGGUACACCGAACCCCUCUGUUACACUUCCAGCCGCCCGUCCUCGGCUGAGACCGCCCGGCUUGGCAGCAGGACCAACAGCGUGUCGUCCCACACGAGGCCCGAGCGUGACCUGCGACCUUUGUCGCUGCGCUACUCUUCCCCGCAGCACAGCUCCUACCUCCAGCCUGCAGAGAGCUCGGGGCUGUCGCAGAUCUACAGCACGCCGUACUCGGCCCUGCACCACGCCAGCCCGCAGCGGCUGGAGAAAGCCCCCCUGGUCAAGUCUAACAGCUGGAGCACACCUCAGACAUCCCUGAACUACCCCCUGAGCGCUCCCCAGCGCCACUCCGAUAUGUGCGCCCCACGGCAGCCGUUGUCGCCUCUCUACGAUGAGCCCAGCAGCCCCGAGGUCUACUCCCUGGAGGAGGCCAGGACAGUGCAACAGAGCUGGCAAGAACCCUUUCAGCAGCUCCACCACCAUCAGGACACGCAGCUCCUACCCUCCUCCUUCCAGCUCCGCACCCCUCCCAUGGGAAGACGCUGCAGGAGAAGCCUAGUCCUGAUGAACUCUGAGGGUCAUUCUCUGGGCCCGGACAUGGAAACUCCCCAAAGCCAAGCAGAGCAGAGAGCAGAGGCCGUGUCGAGGCUAAAGCUGCUGCCUAUACCCAGCCAAGUGCAAGAGCAGAUUCGUCCCCCGUCGAGUUCUGUGAGGUGCGCCGCCCAGAUGCCUUAUGGUUACUCACCAGAUCGCCACUCAUACCUCGAACCCACAGAACCAGAUGACCAGGAAGUAGACUAUGACAACAUUUGGGAGUACGACUGUGAAACAGGAAUGAUUCAGCCAACGUCUGGAAUUUCGACACAUUGGACGGGAUUAGACUUUGGGGCCGGAGGCCUUGGUGCCAUGGCGACCCAGCAGAGAUGGUCAUAAAACAAAACAAUCGCCCGGCACUCGUCUGGACGUGUGCAAACAACAGAUCUCUAUCAGAGGGAUAAUAAAAGCCAACAAGCACAGGCUGUGUUGCUCCUGCUGUGUACAGUAUGAGCUGCUUUGUUAGACGGCAGGUAGUGGAGCAGAGGAAUGAUGAGUGCAUGCACGAAAGGAACUGAAGCCGACGGACGCAGAUUUCAACUGUGUGUUUGAUAUGUAGCAUUUAUUUUGUUUUUUUUUUUAAAAAAGGACUUCAUUGUACAUAGUAUUCAGCUUUAAUGUUAUUUUUAAUGUAAUAUAUGAUCUGCACUGUUGUUGUUUUUUAAGAUUUAAAUUUUCUAACAGGCUGUCCAUUUGACUUAUGUUUCUAGUGAACCUAUAAAAAGCAUUCCAGAAAAAAAGCUUUGUUAUAGUAAAGAAUGUAUGUAUAUUUUUGUAAAUGUUGUACAUUUGUUAUUUUAUUACGCUGCACCGUUAAAGGAAAUAGAUGUGGCUUCAACUGACUGCCUUCGAGGUGCUAAUAUUCCUAUCAAUUCUGCACAGUACUGAUACCUGAGUGACUUUUGCAUUUUUUGUUUGAGGUGUUUAUUUAUAUUCUGAAAUAAAACAGUAAAAUAUAGUCAAAGUUUA